AAGAAAUCAUUUUUGGUAUAAAUGGAGCAAAAGUUCAUUGGCGACAAGAAACAUUGAAUCAGAGCGAGCUUUCCGACCAAGGGGGACAAUAAAAGUUACAAAGUUAAAAAGGGGUUUUGGCAAUUAGAGUUAAUAGGAAAUGCGAAAGAGAAUGAAGUGAAUCUGGUGAUCAGAUCUUAAGUUAAAAGUGAAUAAGUUUUGAUGGCUCUGGUCGACAGAUAUGCUUCAAUAAUGAGCAAACACAUAAAUUCCAAAAAUAUUGCUGUCCAGAAUCAUGCCCUGCAACAUUAUGGUUUAUUUGUUACAUAUGUCCGCGAAUACCACAGAAGAUUUAUGCAGUAAACUCAAAAGCCUGUAGUGCACGUUUUAACUGUUUUGAUCUUUCUUAAAACGUUCUGAUUUUCCAAAAACAAAAACAAAAAAGCAAUCAUUCGGUUUCCCUUUGCACUGGGCUCUAGUUAGGACUCCAUCGCAGGUUAACGUGUAUUUCUUGUUAGCCUUUUUUUUGUCUUUGUUUUACUUUCAGGGAAAAAAAAUGAUGGCCUCUCUCUGUCAGUCAAUUCAGAGUAGGUUACCUUUGCCUUGGCCUUGUUGCUACUUUAGGUUGGCUUCUUUCCUUUUUGGUUUAUUUGUUGUCUCUCGUGUGUGAUAAAAACACGAGGAAGAAAUUUUAAACUCAGUAGGCAGAGCAGCACUAGUUUCAUGAACCAGAUAAAACAAAGUCAAUGUCCAGGUUUCCAAAGUCCAAACACCAACAAAAACCGAGUAUCUCCUUUGCUUCACCUUGCCUCAAUGUAAAAAUCAACCAUUAUCAUUGUGGUAUACAUGAAAAAAAAAUGUAACAGUUUUAGCUGGCUGAAUUAAAGUGAUUAGCUUUGAAACAUACAAAUGCUGCUACCUAAUUUAUCUUCAAACAAUAUAAAAAUUCUAUAAUACAACAACCACAUUAACCAAAUGCACUAAAAAAAGGUCGUAAUUCACUUAAGUUGUUGUCGGUAGGCUUCACCGGCAGGUGGCAGUAGGAGCAGCUUCCACAAAGCGACAAAGAGCAGCAGUUCCAAGGAGCGGCGAUCGGCGGAAAAAAAGAUUAAACUUUCUACUAAAAACCUAAAAACACCACCAAAAAUCAAACUUGUUGUGUUAAAAAUAUUUCAAAUAAUGUAAACUAAAGUCUAAAUCGUAGAGUAACUUGGGUCUGAUCUAUUAAAAAACAAUCCCCAUAUUGCAUAAACCAUUAAUAAAUGUUCCCUCAGAACCGUACAUAAAGGCCAUUAAUGUCUCCCAUUCACGCUUCUUAUAAGACUACCCCUUUUGUUGUGCCCCUGCAGGACCCCCCAACAGCCCCACUCUCACCUAGCCAGCCAACCAUCCCCAAACCACAUUUUUUUUAGCACCAAUUCCUAGUGUACUCGUGCGCUUUGAAAAUUUUUAAGAUUUUAUUUCUCUUAUUCCUGAUCUCCAGCCACUCUCUGCAUUUUGUUUUCUUUACUGUUUUCUCUCAAAGUUCUUCUCUUUCUAUAGUCUCUGCCAUGGCAACAUCUGGCUCUGGCACUGCUACUGUCACUGGAACUGGCUCCCCUUGUGGUGCAUGCAAGUUCUUGAGACGAAAAUGUGCCUCUGACUGUAUUUUUGCACCUUACUUUUGUUCAGAACAAGGCCCUGCAAGGUUUGCAGCUAUUCAUAAAGUUUUUGGUGCUAGCAACGUGUCCAAAUUAUUGUUGCAUAUCCCAGCUCAUGACCGUUGUGAGGCGGUUUUUACCAUUGCUUAUGCGGCUCAAGCAAGGAUUAGAGAUCCUGUCUAUGGUUGUGUUGCUCAUAUUUUCGCCUUGCAACAACAGGUGGCAUGCCUGCAAGCUCAAUUAAUGCAAGUCAAAGCUCAACUAGCUCAAAAUGCUAUGAAUUUACAUAACAUAGACAGUCAGUGGCAAGGAAAUAACCUUUGUGGUGUUCCUUCCAUUCCAACUUAUCCAAGCUACAUGAAUCCAUUUUCCCCACAAAGCUCACUUGAGUCGGUUGAACUCAACAGUGCUGAUAGCAUGAAUAUGCAAGAAAUACAAAGAAGAGAGGAGUGUUCUUUCCAGGGUUAUCCUAAGAAGAGACCAUAUAAUUGUGAUUUGGGUGAGCUUCAAGCACUUGCCCUUAGAAUGAUGAGGAACUGAACUGAAUCAUCCUUUUGUUUUUUCUCUAUGGAGUAUGAUCCUGCUUCUGUUCUGAUGCUGAUGAUCUUUUUCCAAAGAAUGAUGUAUAUACUCAAGAAAUCUUGGUACUAUAACUUUUUGAUCAGCCUAAUGUUGGCAUUUUCCCCUUUCUUUAAUCAAAAAUUUUUAUUACUACUUGGAAUUCAGCUCUGUCUUCAACUCUUCAUACUGUAGCUGCAAUAAGUUACUGGGGGUGGUUAAUUCUUGUCUGUUCUGAUAGAUAUAUCUGUCCUGGAAACUAAUACUUUACUGGGGGUUGGUUUACUUUUUCUUUUGAUAGAUUACUGUUUACUGAGCCACAAUAAUAGAGCAACUUCAUUUGACAAUCUGAUAAAGGCAUUGAAAGUCGGGUUAUCCAGAUUUGUUUUCAUUUCCUACCUAUCAACGCCAAUGAUAGAUUACACAUGGCAUGUACAUACAAAUUUGAACCCUAUGGUGUCCUUUCCUACGAUCGGAUAUUAAAUUACGAAAGCAAU